AUGCCGCCGGACCAGCUCCCCUCGGUGCUCUCCGCGGAUUUCGUCCGGCGGCUCGUCGUCGCCGCGGCCGUCAUCCUCCACCGCGAGCCCAACAUCGUCCGCGUCGACCCGCGGCCCGACCAGUCCGUCGUCGUCGUGGGGGACGUCCACGGCCAGCUCCACGAUGUCAUGUUCCUGCUCCGGGACGCCGGGUUCCCCUCAGAGGAGCGAAUCUUUGUCUUUAACGGGGAUUACGUGGAUCGCGGCGCUUGGGGCCUCGAGACCUUGCUCCUCCUCCUGGCUUGGAAGGUAUUCCUUCCAAAUUGUGUGUUUCUUCUCCGAGGAAAUCAUGAAUCCAAGUACUGCACGUCAGUAUAUGGUUUUGAACAGGAGGUAAUGGUUAAAUAUAAAAGUCAAGGUGCUCAAGUUUAUCGGAAGUUUUUAAGAUGUUUUGAAGAUCUUCCUCUAGCAUCAAUAAUAGCAGGAUGUGUGUAUACUGCUCAUGGAGGGAUUUUUCGUGGGGCGGUUGUACUACCGUCGAAAAGGUCGAAAAGGGCAAAGAAAGGUCACAAAUAUAAGGCGAGUCCUACUGAUGACUCUACUACUUUGAAGCUUGGAUCCCUGGACGAAUUGUUAAAAGCGAGGAGAACUGUUCUUGACACCCCGUAUGAGGGUUCAAACUUGAUUCCUGGAGAUGUGCUUUGGUCUGAUCCUUCCUUAGAUAAGGGUCUUUCCCUGAAUAAGGAAAGGGGCAUCGGUUUGCUUUGGGGUCCAGAUAUCACUCAACAGUUUCUAUAUACAAAUAAUCUGAAGUUAAUCAUCAGAUCACAUGAAGGCCCAGAUGCAAGAGAUAAGCGGCAUGAUCUAUUAGCAAUGAACAGUGGAUAUACAAUCGACCAUCAUGUCGCAUGUGGAAAGUUAAUAACUCUCUUCAGUGCCCCAGACUAUCCACAAUUUCAGCUUCAGAGGACCGUUACAACAAUUCUGGAGCAUAUAUUGUCCUCAGUCCACCUGAUUUUGCCACCCCUGAUUUCCAUACUUUUCAAGCUGUAA